GCCUAAUUUCUCCCCCCCCCUUCGUACAUCGCCUCAGAGGAGGAGGUCUAGUCCGCCCCGGGCGCUUUCCUCCUUCUCCUGUUUCCUCUCUCUUUUUUUAAGCCCAUGUGGGUGAGGGCCCUCCUAGUCAGCGAGGGCGUCUCUCCUGUUCUCUUCGGUUAGAUAAAACGACGCACGCACUUCAGGAGGUCGCGUAGACGCGUGAUUUAGUCCGCGUCCCCACGAUCUUUCUUUCACACUGUCAUGCCUACGUAACUCCGUGUUAAUUAAUCCGGAAUAACAGCAGACACUCUCGCGUCCCCUUGAUUGUAGUCACUAACGGCGCCCCCCCCACUCAUGCUUUAGAAGAGUAAGGAGGCAGGCCCGACCUGUGGUGUCCAUGUUGUUUUAAACUACUCGUGUAGCGCAAACGUAUUAAAUCCCGAAGUAAACAUGCUUAGGUUUGCAGCCUUAACGGUGUUGGGAUGAGCUCAUCAGUCUCAGUUGCUCUUGAAUAUACACCCAACAGUCCUGUGCGUGUUUUCUAUUUAAGUAGGUCCCAUGAAGCCUAUGUUUUUGGCAAACAAACGUAGAUAGGAUUGCCACCCAUUUUAAUUCCAAAUGCACGCAUUGGCCUGCAUACCCUGCCCUGUUCUAUGCCCAAUUUUGGCUUCCACCUUUUGCUGUCAACCAUUUCUGCUCGGCUUCUAGUCUCGCUUCCUUUCCUAAGAAAUAAGAUCACAGGAGUACACUUUCCUGGUCUUCAUUACAGUUCCUUAUAACUAUACCCUUCAUCUCACUGUCUCUUUGGCAUUGAUGGUUUGUAAAUACUCAUUGCUUGUCGUAGCAUGGCAUAGUUGCCAACAUGCAGCUCAUGCCUAUAAUCCCUCCCACAGUGACCCUGACAACUUCAUAUGUAGUUCACUGGAAUUGUUCUUUGCUGGUUCUUUCCUUUUACUUUAACCCUUCAUAGUUGAUCAGUUCCCUUACUACCAUUACCACAGAAUUAUUUCCUAUUCCUAUCUUACAAGUCUGGAUCAUGCCCUUUCCUGGCAAUUUACAGCAUAGUCCUAUGUUUAUUUACUUGUAAGUCCCUCUGUGUUCAGUUCUUCCUUGUUAGUAGAAUAGUAAAAUUUCAGGGUUGCAGCCUGCAAUUCAGAAGUAAGCCUGACUUUGUUCAUUGGAGGUUAUUCUGAGUUGGAAGAUGGGGAAGAAAAGCAGAGUGAAGACUCAGAAGUCAGGAACUGGAGCUACAGCAGCAGUCUCUCCAAAAGAAAUAUUGAAUCUAAUUAGUGAAUUAUUGCAGAAAUGUAGCAGUCCAACUCCAGGUCCUGGAAAGGAGUGGGAAGAGUAUCAGCAGAUCCGAGCCCUUGUUGAGAGAAUUCGUAAAAAACAGAAAGGUUUAUCUGUCGCAUUUGAUGGAAAAAGAGAAGAUUAUUUCAAUGAACUAAUUAAGUGGGCCAGAGAGAAUGGUGCAUCCACAGAGGGUUUUGAAGUGGCUAACUUUGGAGAAGAGGGUUUUGGUUUGAAAGCCACGAGAGAGAUAAAAGCAGAAGAGCUUUUUCUCUGGGUUCCCAGAAAACUGCUGAUGACUGUUGAGUCAGCUAAAAAUUCAGUUUUAGGAUCCUUGUAUUCUCAAGAUCGUAUUCUCCAAGCCAUGGGCAACAUCACACUAGCAUUCCACCUUCUUUGUGAACGAUGCAAUCCUAAUUCUUUCUGGCUGCCUUAUAUCCAGACUCUCCCAGGUGAAUACAAUACUCCUCUUUACUUCGAAGAAGAUGAGGUUCAAUAUCUUCAGUCAACUCAGGCCAUACAUGAUGUUUUCAGCCAAUACAAAAAUACUGCUCGACAAUAUGCCUAUUUCUACAAAGUUAUUCAGACCCAUCCUAAUGCCAGCAAACUGCCAUUAAAGGAUUCUUUUACUUAUGAUGAUUACAGAUGGGCAGUUUCCUCUGUCAUGACACGACAAAACCAGAUUCCUGCAGAGGAUGGUUCCCGGGUUACCUUAGCUCUGAUUCCUUUAUGGGACAUGUGUAAUCAUACCAAUGGGCUGAUUACUACAGGCUACAACUUAGAAGAUGACCGUUGCGAGUGUGUAGCACUUCAAGAUUUUAAGGCUGGUGAACAGAUUUACAUUUUUUAUGGCACUCGGUCAAAUGCUGAAUUUGUGAUCCACAGUGGGUUUUUCUUUGAUAAUAAUUCACAUGACAGAGUGAAAAUAAAGCUUGGAGUGAGUAAAAGUGACAGGCUUUAUGCUAUGAAGGCAGAGGUCUUAGCUCGUGCUGGCAUCCCAACUUCCAGUGUUUUUGCCUUGCACUCAACGGAGCCUCCAAUCUCAGCCCAGCUUCUGGCUUUUCUUCGAGUGUUUUGUAUGACUGAAGAUGAGCUGAAGGAACACUUAAUAGGAGAACAUGCAAUUGACAGAAUCUUCACUCUUGGCAAUUCUGAAUUUCCAGUGAGCUGGGACAACGAGGUGAAACUUUGGACAUUCCUUGAAGCCAGGGCAUCCCUUCUGUUAAAAACCUACAAGACCACUGUUUUGGAGGAUAAAUCUUAUUUGGAAUCACAUGACCUUACCUGUCACGCAACAAUGGCUAUUAAAUUGCGCUUAGGUGAGAAAGAAAUUUUGGAGAAAGCAGUAAGGAGUGCAGCUGCCAACAGCAAAUACUACAGCAAACAAAUGGCAGAAGGAGCUCUCCUCCCCAAAUAUGAAGAGAGUAAUAUUGCCUUGCUAGAGAACACUGUAGCAGACUCGAGACUCCCAAUUGUCUUGAGAAACCUAGAUGAAGAGGCGGAGGAACAAGAGGACUUAAAGAUUGAGGAAACCAUUGGUGCAGAAGUUACAGCAAAUGGAUUUGUGAAUGGUGACAAUUCUUUGCUUAACGGGACCAAAUUGGAAAAUGAAAAUCUAAAUCAAGAGGAAAGUAACAGAGAGACUGAAGAUGCCAAAGAAUCUUCUUCAGACAGUACUGAUGAGGUUAAAGAAUAGCGCUAAAAUAGUUUUGAAUUUAUUGUGAAAUUGAAAACUAGCAGGUGUUCUUUUUUUCCUUCUUUGAACAGUGAUUUACAUUGGUGUGUUUCCUAACAUUUCUUUCUGCUGAGGAAAAUGUUUUUGCUGCUUUAUAAUAAUAAAAAAGAUUUUUAAGUUAUUUAAAAAGAUUUAGCAUCCCUUUUAUAUUAAGAUUGCCAUCUUGCUUUUGGAGGACUGGCGGUAGAGCAGGGAAAAUUGAGAGAGGAGGUGGUACCUUUGGAAGACAGACUGACUGUCUGACUAUUUGGCAUAAGCAGAGAAAAAAACAGCACAGUGUCAAUUGAAAGACUGAAAAGUUGGGAGAGCCUGAGCCUGUGUAGAGCCAGGUGCACUGCUCCUUAAAAAGGUAAGGUGGCAACCUUAUUUUCACUAGGUUUCAAAAAGUUGAGAAGAAUACAGAAUAUAUUCUAAUUAGAGUGGUUUCUAAGAACUUCGGUUUAUUUUGUGGUUUGGUUUACUGUACAAGAAACUUAAUUUCCCACCCCACCAUCUCCUUGAAAUCAAAGUGCACAACUACAGUACAUCUUCUGUUUAAUUUUUUAAAAAAGGCUUGCCUUCUUUAUUUUUAAAUGGCACUGUUUUAUUUGGUGAAGAAGAGGUUGGAAGCAGCGAGCCUAUAGCUUGAAACUGUGUUGUUCAAAGUGAGGCUGCUCCCCAGCUUUUUCAGAUUUUCAUAAAUAGCUAGGGGUUUUCAAAGCUACACUUUUGACUAAGAAAAUUAUUAAAAGUAAAACUUGAUUAA